CCAAAAAAGAACACUCAUCAAUGGAAAUUUCUCACGAAUCCCAGAAUUUACAGCUCAAAGAUCGUCGACUCGAUGCUCUCGGCAACUUAAGCGGGCUCCCUGACGAACUCAUCUGCGCUAUGUUAGAUUACCUAACUCCCCCGGACAUAGCUCGUCUCGCUUGUGUCAGCAGUGUUAUGUAUAUAUUCUGCAAUGAAGAGCCGCUUUGGAUGAGCCUUUGCCUCAAGAAAGUUAACGGUCCACUUCAAUACAAAGGCUCCUGGAAAAAGACUACUUUGCAUUUAGAGACAUUGCCGAGUGAAUGUAUUGAGUACAAAAGAAAACCAUUGCAGUUUGAUGGAUUUAGCUCUUUUUUCUUAUACAAAAGACUAUAUAGGUGCCAUACUACAUUAGACGGAUUUGCUUUUGACAAAGGAAAUGUUGAAAGACCAAAUGAGUUAUCAAUGGAACAGUUUGAUCAGGAAUAUGAUGUGGAGAAACCGGUUUUGCUCACUGGAUUGGCCGAGUGUUGGCCUGCUAGGAAUAAUUGGACGAUUGACAAACUACUGCUCAAAUAUGGAGAUACAACAUUCAAGAUUUCUCAAAGAACCCCUGGAAAAGUUUCAAUGAAAUUCAAGGAUUAUGUAUCAUACAUGAAGGAACAGCAUGAUGAGGAUCCUCUUUAUAUUUUCGAUGAAAAGUUUGGAGAAUCUGCACCUGGCUUGUUGGAAGAUUACAGUGUGCCCCAAAUGUUUCAAGAAGACUUCUUUGAUGUUUUAGAUAGAGAUAGUCGGCCACCAUUCAGAUGGCUUAUCAUUGGGCCAGAGAGGUCUGGUGCCUCUUGGCACGUUGAUCCAGCACUUACCAGUGCCUGGAAUACUCUUCUUUGUGGUCGUAAAAGGUGGGCAUUGUAUCCUCCUGGAAGAGUUCCUUUGGGUGUUACAGUGCAUGUAAAUGAUGAAGAUGGUGAUGUCAACAUUGAUACUCCAUCAUCAUUACAGUGGUGGCUAGAUUAUUAUCCACUUCUUGCUGAUGAAGACAAGCCAAUUGAGUGUACUCAGCUGCCUGGGGUGACGAUAUUUGUUCCAAGCGGAUGGUGGCACUGUGUCCUGAAUCUGGAAGCAACUGUUGCUGUGACACAAAAUUUUGUAAACCCCAGAAACUUUGAAUUUGUAUGUUUGGAUAUGGCUCCUGGUUACCAGCAUAAGGGAGUUUGCCGUGUUGGAUUGCUUGCUCUUGAUGAAAGCUGUUUAGAGAACAUGGAGAAGAACAUGUCCUGUGACAGAGACAAUUUUAAUUAUUCAGAUCUGACAAGGAAAGAGAAGCGGGUUAAAAUUCCAAGUUCUCAAGAGAGUGAAAAUCAUGAAGGAAUAGCUAAUGGUGUUUCUAAAAGAUAUAAUCUAUGGAAACAUUGCUUUCCUUAUGAUAUAAGUUACUUGGCCAUGUUUUUGGAUAGAGAGAAGGACCACUAUACUUCUCCAUGGAGCUCAGGAAAUUGCAUAGGGCCACGAGAAAUGAGGGAAUGGCUUUUCAAGCUUUGGGUUAGAAAACCGGGAAUGAGAGAGCUGAUUUGGAAGGGAGCAUGUCUUGCAAUGAAUGCUGACAAAUGGUUGGAGUGCUUGGUGAAAAUCUGCUCAUUUCACAGUUUGCCUUUUCCCAACGAUGAUGAGAAGCUUCCUGUUGGAACAGGCAGCAAUCCUGUCUAUGUCAUGGAUGAAUAUGUGGUUAAAAUCUUUGUUGAAAAAGGGCUGGAAUCUUCAAUACACGGUUUAGGCACUGAGCUUGAAUUCUACAACACUUUGUGUGAAGUUAAUUCCCCUUUGAAAAACCACAUUCCUACUGUAUUGGCUAGUGGGAUUCUGCACUUGGAAAAUGGAUCUUACAAAAUUGAUUUUUGGGAUGGUAAAGAAGUUCCUGAUGUGCUUGCAAAGUGCAAUUUGAUUCCAGAAAAGAGAGAAGGUGGUGUUUUCCCUUUUGGUGUACGGAGCAAGAAAUUAUUUGAAUAUAGAAAAGUUGGGUCUCCAGAACCUGGACCUGGGAGUUCUGCUGGAUCCUCUUGUAUCUGGCCUUAUCUUAUAACGAAGCGCUGCAAAGGAAAGAUAUUUGCACAGUUAAGAGAUGAACUAUCAUUGGAAGAUACGCUUAACUUAGCUUCCUUUUUGGGAGAGCAGCUACAAAACCUUCAUAGUUUACCCUAUCCUUCCUUUGGUAAUUCAACUGUUUCAGAUGUUGAACAGGUUUGUUCUUUUGCCAAUGGUAUGGACAUCGAUUUUGUCUCCCGCAAAUUAGAUAUUCCAGCUGAAUGGGAACUCGUUGUGAGGACUCUAAGUCGGAAGAAGAAGGAUGUUUACAGCCGCUUGAAAAAAUGGGGGGACCCAGUUCCUGAGAAGCUGAUGGAGAAAGUUGACGCAUACCUCCCUGAUGAUUUCCUGAAGCUGCUUUCUGUAUCUGAGGAAAAUGGCAUGAAAAGAGUUUUUAAGCCUUUGUCGUGGAUACACUCGGAUAUUAUGGAUGAUAAUGUUUACAUGGAAACAUGCCGUCCAUUUGGCACAAAUGGAAUAGCUGCCGUAAUGGAUAACGGUUCAGUGAAUGGGCAUGGUAAUGAUGGAGAAGCAAAAUCAUGGCGCGCGAAUUACAUCCUUGAUUUCAGCAAUAUUUCUAUAGGUGAUCCCCUUUGUGACGUGAUACCAUUGCAUUUGGAUAUCUUUAGAGGCAAUUCAUGUCUCCUUAAGCAGUUUCUCCAAAGCUAUAAACUUCCGUUGAUGCAAAAAACACCAGAGCAUGGAUCGGUCACUGCUAGUGAUAAGUUCAGACGACUUUCGUACCAUGCCAUGUGCUACUGCAUUUUGCAUGACGAGAAUGUAUUGGGUGCUAUAUUUAGUAUAUGGACUGAACUCAAAACAGCAGAAUCAUGGGAAGAGGUUGAGCAGACAGUAUGGGGAGAAUUAAAUAACUAUGAAGGCGUUGCUUGACGUGUUCGUCUGACUCAUCGUUUUUCCUAAAACACUUAAUCGGAUACGUACAUGAGGCGCCUUCUUCCAAGUUUAUAAAGGAGCUUCGUCCGGGUCGGACACAUACUUGUAUUUGACACACUACUCGAGUCUGAAUAACAUGAUUUGCAUAAAUUUGACAUUUUACUCGAGUCUAAAUAACAUGAUUUGCAUAUAAACGAAGGAUAUAAUGUGUUGGCGGCACAUUGCAAGUGAGCAGGACAUUUGAUUCUUACUAUUCAAAUUAAUUUGAUUGUGUUUAGUUUUCUUGAAAAGGUUAUUGUCAUUCAUUUGAGUUAAACAUCGUGCUGAAAUCGGAAUUGUAAG